CAGGGUUCAGCAUGUUUCAUUGGUGUAACCAGCAUCGAUUCCCGGGACGGAGCACGACUUGGCGCGGGGGUGGAGCGCGCGCUGAGCUACAUGAGCGCGCGGUGAGAGUUUCUAUACAGCAGUCCUCAGAGAGCUCUUACAUUAUUACCAUCACCUGCAAGUUGCAACAUACUCAUAAUCAUUUCCGUCGACGCUUACCACAAGGCAUUUGAGCUGCACAGCUGCUGAAAUCUGUGAGAACAUGUCAGAGGACUAUUGCAGCUGAUGUGGACACAGCAUCAUAUAUCUAGCAACACCCUUUACCUAACCCUGAGCUACAUCAUUCAACAGAGUCCAUACUACUGUACACUGGGUCAUGAACUCCUUGGAGUGGCCCACGUUUUCCCCAGACUCCUCUUUGAAUUACACAAACCACAGCGAAGAGGCCAGCAAGCACAGGUUGAGUGCAUCAUCGGCCUGCGAGCAGGUGCACAUCGUACCAGAGCUCUUUCUCAUGCUGGGCCUUAUCAGCCUGCUCGAGAACAUCCUGGUCAUCCUCGCCAUCAUUAAGAACAAGAACCUCCACUCACCCAUGUACUUCUUCGUCUGCAGCCUCGCAGUGGCCGAUAUGUUGGUAAGUGUAUCCAAUGCAUGGGAGACAAUAGUGAUCCAUCUGCUGGCCAACAGGAGUUUGGUGAUAGAAGAUCACUUCAUCCGUCAGAUGGAUAAUGUCUUUGACUCUCUCAUCUGUAUCUCAGUGGUGGCAUCUAUGUGCAGCCUCUUAGCAAUUGCAGUGGAUCGCUAUGUGACUAUCUUCUACGCUCUGCGCUACCAUAAUAUAAUGACCGUACGGCGAGCAGAAACUAUCAUCGGCAGCAUCUGGACCUUCUCUACAGGUUGUGGGAUCAUCUUCAUCACCUAUUCCGACACUAAGCCUGUGGUGGUGUGCCUGGUGGCCAUGUUCUUUGCCAUGCUUCUCAUGAUGGCGUCACUUUACAGCCACAUGUUCCUGCUGGCGUGCUCACAUGUCAAACGCAUGGCGGUGUUGCCAGGAUACAACGGCAACAUCAGGCAGAGGGCAAGCAUGAAGGGGGCCAUCACUCUCACUAUUCUACUGGGCAUCUUCAUCGUGUGCUGGACGCCGUUUUUUCUCCAUCUCGUCCUCAUGAUCUCCUGCCCAAGGAACAUUUAUUGCGUCUGCUUUAUGUCACACUUUAACAUGUACUUAAUACUCAUCAUGUGUAACUCUGUGAUUGACCCACUGAUCUAUGCUCUCAGGAGCCAAGAGAUGAGAAAGACCUUUAAGGAGAUCAUCUGCUGUGAUGGACUACGCAGUCUCUGCAGGCUGGUCAGCAAUUAUUGAGCAAGGUUCCUGGAAAUCCCUGACAGGAUAGAAUGUUGGAUGAAUGUGUGUGUAGAUGAAUGGAUCUGUGCAUAAAUGAGGGAAGGUGGGGGGUUGGUCAAGGAAAGGGGAGUCUCUGUUUUAUAAUGUAAAAAAAGAUUUUUCUUAAUCAGUAUUUUUUCUUGUUUUCCAGUAAAAAUAUCUAAGCAUUCUUUAAACAAGUUAAAUUUGCUUGAGAUGUGAAAUUGUGAAAAAUAGUUGUAAAAAUACUGAUUUAGACAAUAAUUGUUUGCUGUGUAGGGACAGCAAUCUUGUACACACUUUUCAGACAUACCUCGUAUAACCUUUACAACCAUAUGAAAUAUAUUUUGAUGCGUUUUCUGUGUAAGAGUAAUGUUGUGUUGUUGUAAAACAUUGAAUUGAAAUGUCUAUUUUGACAUUUUGUGAAAUUAUAAUGUGUAUUAAAAUCAUUUGUAGCUGGCGGCUGCUGUCAGGUCAGUGCAACCGUGAUAUUUUGUGCACAAAACAGGUUAAAAUUGUAAUACAUAAAGAUACAUUGUGGUUGCAGUCUUUUUUUGUUAACAUAAAACCUGUGGACAGAGAACAGAAACACAUACUGUAAGCAGAUUUAGACAUUGAUUAAAAAUACAUAAUGCAAUGUAAUAAUGUAAUGUAAUAUAAAAAUGUAAACAUAAUGUAUAUAUUUUGUACAUAAAUACAAGUCCAUAUGCAUUGUUGAAAUCUUAAAAUGUGCGUACAGUACCUCUACAAAUAAUUUGCGCUUGACUUAAUUUUAUUAGUAGAAUCAACGAGAAAGUAUUUAUAAGUGUAAUUUAAGUGUAUCUUUUUUUCCAUCUCCUUUGAAACGUAGGCAGUGAAUUAAAGUUUUGUGUCAUUAUGGGUUAGCAAUGGUGCACUAAAAUCCAAUGAAAACAGAUUUUUUUAAAUCACACGUGUCCUAUUUCAAAAAAAUAAAAAAAACAUUUUGUCUUAAAUUACAAAAGUCCAUUCAAAAUUGUACAUUAAUUAAUGUUGGGUAAGUGUAAAUAUAUGCAUGUAGAUGGUAGAUAGUUAACAUAUCUUCUGAUUUUGUCAUUUCAUAGCACACGUAAAAAUUGCUGGAUAUUCUUCUUUACCAGCUUCAUCUUCAGUUCCACUUGCUGGUUUUUAUUAUGAUUACUUAGCAAUGAUAUCUGUUGAAUGAUUUCUUGAUAGACUGUUCAAGGAGCUACUAUUUUUAUAAACAAAUGGCAAAAUUUCCUCUACUACAACAAGGUAUCCAAAGGCUUAAUAUCCUAAGUAUCUUAACCCUUAAAGCUUUAUAUACACAGACAACUAUAAAUGAUCCAUUGGUUUGUUUAUUUCCUAAAAAAGUGUAAACACUGUGGCUCUGAGGCUCCAUCAAAUCAUUGCUCUGUUUGUUCAAGCUUCACAACCAGCCAGUCCCAAACAUGGUGAUGGCUGAGUUCAGAAUGGCAUACUUCCAAACAACCCUUAGUAUUUCUGCCAUGGCAGAAGUAGUAAGAGUAGUAUGGGUAGUAUGCCAUUUCGAACUCAGCCAUUUGUUCAACUAAUGUUGUGAGUUUGGGGAGGGACUACCUGUAUGGACCAUACAGUCUGUGGUAUGGACCAAUAGUAGAUGGGGGAAUGUUUUGGAAAAGGACUUAAAGACAAUUGCACACAUCAACUGUAAAGGUAUUAAAAAGGUAAAUAAAUAUUUGUUUAUUUGGGUUUUGAAUAAAUGUUGUUAACAAUAUCUGUGAAUUGAAUGUCUUCUGCAUCGACACCAAUUUACUGACCCCGUGAAAUCAAAUGUAAUUAAAAUGAAGUCUAUAUAUGUUAGUUUGAGGUCAACUAUAUGCUAUUGUACUUCUAUACACAUUCAAAAUGUACAGCCUCUCUCUUCUGGGAAUACAGACAAACAUAUUUUGAUGACACUUAUUUUGUCCAAUCAAAUGAUCUGUAGAAUGAGAAUGUCCCUCCUCCUAAUGCCAUCUAUUUUUGACUAGCAAUGGACUACUAACAUAACUGCUUCCACCUUCUGUUUACUGAGGAUGAGGCAUUUCUAUUAACAAUUUUCCUAUUUCCUACAUGCAGAGAUUCAUGAGAAGGCAGAUUUUAUUUUAUUUUUUUAAUUUUUAGGGCUGUCAGUUAUUUAAAACAAUAAAAUAUGUUUCUGCCGUUAUCGUGACUGAUCUCAAAUUUCUAAUUUGCUAAAUGUACAUUCAGUUCCUGAAUAAUAAACAACAGUAUUUAACCUGGGGCAGUCCACUGCUGACAUUCUCA